AUGUCAAAAUUUGAUGCAACUGAUGAUGAAUUUGAACAAAUUGAUACAAAUCGAGAUGGAAGGAUUGAUAAAAAUGAAUUUCGUACAUUUGGUUCAAAUACUGAAGGAUUACCUUCUUCAUCAUAUGGAUCAUCAACUGGUAGAUUUAAUCUUAAUGACAAUACUACUAGUCGUUUUGAUCGAGACAAAUAUAGAUUUAGUGAUCUAAAUGCUUCGGGAUAUACGACUGAUAAAUACGCUUCAUAUGGAGCUACAACAGGAGCUAGGGACAUGAUUGAUGAUACGGUGAUAAAUACAAAUAGUUUGGAAGAAACGGAUGCAUAUCUUGCAAGAUCAGCUAAUAAUAUUUAUAGGGAUCCUAAUCCACAAAUUAUUCGACGAGCAACAGCUGAUCGUCCAGUAACAUAUGAACAACGAGUUGUUAUUAAAUAUCUUCAACCACCACCUGUUCCAGAACCAGGACCACUCAUCAUAAAAGAAAUGCGUCCACCACAGCCGCCACUACCUGGACCAAUUGUCAUACGUCAACAUGCAUCACGUGUUCCUUCACCACCUCCCCUUAUCUUACGUGAACGGCCACCAACACCACCACCAUCUAUUCCCAGUGAAACAGUUACUCGUUAUUUACCUGCUCUACCUGUUCCACCACGACCAGUUGUCAUCGAACGUUUUCCACCUCUUCCACCAAAACCACGCGAUAUCAUAAUUGAACGAUGGAUUCCCUAUGGAUCUAGAGGUGAACGUCAUACAAAGGUUGUACCUGCUCCUCCUCCUAUACCAUAUCCAGAGCCGCGUAAUACGACUAUUAUUUACGAAACUGUUGAAACACGUACAGCCCGAAAAUUUGAAAAACUUGGUGUUAUUCGAGAAAAUCCUACUGAUUAUGUAAAUCGUCAUGGAGGAUCACUUUUAGAUUCAGCGACACUUGUUCAACAGGCUCGUAAUGCUGGUGUUACGGAAGAUAUAUCGCCUCCGGCACCAUCAUCUUCAAUAUAUACAAGUGUACGCGGAAAUACUAAUUUCGAUCAGUCAGAUGACAUGAUCAAUCGAGGUUUUUCACCAUCAGGUGGGUGCAGAUGUGGGUGUGAAGGAAGUCAACUAACUGCUGGUACGCAAGCCAUCGAUCGCGGUAAUACCAAUUAUGCAUCAUUGGGAUCGAAUUUUAUUCGUGAAAGUGAAUCUGAAUGUGGAUUCUAUGGUGGUGAUGCUAAUCUUACCGCUACUGAUGCUAACCGUAAUAAACAACUAAAAUACACAGAAUUUUAA